AUGGGCUGCACCAUAGCCGUGAAGGUAGUUGACCAGGACGGCCGGGAGGACGCGUACAUCGUCGAGAUGGACAACAGUCUUGCCCCGAUGACUGACCAGUACUGCCACACGCGCGGCAUCGGUGAUUCGUCGAGGAGCACGCUGCGGUUCCUGUUCGAUGGGGAGCGCGUGAACUCGCACCAAACCCCGAGAAUGCUUGAGCUGGAGGACGGGGACUGCAUCGACGUGAUGACCGAGCAGCUUGGAGGCGUUGAGUACGGCUCUAGGGGUGAUCACGGCGCUGAUCAAUACAGUAUACACACAUACCUCCCAUAG